AUGGCUGAGCUCUAUCCUUCAUUGGUGCAGUGCGCCAUCGUGGCAGCAGCCUUCAAGGUGCUGCUGUUUCCCGCAUACAAGUCGACGGACUUUGAAGUGCACCGGAAUUGGCUUGCUAUUACUCAUUCGCUACCUGUGAAGGAAUGGUAUUACGAGAAAACAUCCGAAUGGACCCUCGAUUACCCCCCGUUCUUCGCAGCCUUCGAAUGGCUUAUGUCACAAGCGGCCGCAUAUGUUGAUCCGGCGAUGCUGGUUGUCCAGAAUUUGGGAUAUGAUUCUUGGCAGACAGUUUAUUUCCAGCGCGCCACUGUUAUUGUGACCGAGUUGGUCUUGGUAUUUGCAUUGAGUCGAUACGUCAAGUCGGCUCCUUCCUGGGACAAACAAGCUGCGCACGUGGCCAGUCUCUCUAUCCUUCUCUCCCCAGGACUGUUUAUCAUCGACCACAUUCAUUUCCAGUACAAUGGGUUCUUGUACGGGAUCUUGAUCCUCUCCAUUGUCUUGGCUCGGAAACAAUCGACACUUCUGUACAGUGGAAUUCUCUUCGCCAUUCUCUUAUGCUUGAAACACAUCUACCUAUAUCUUGCCCUCGCCUAUUUCGUUUACCUGGGCCGUUUCUACUGCCUCGACCCCAAGAAUGUCUUCCGGCCUCGGUUUUUCAAUAUAGUUAAGCUCGGGGUCUGUGUUCUUGGUGUCUUCGGGAUUGCUUUUGGUCCCUUUGUGCAAUGGGGCCAGUUACUACAGCUCAAGGAUCGCCUCUUCCCUUUCUCGAGGGGGCUGUGCCAUGCGUACUGGGCGCCAAAUAUAUGGGCUAUGUACUCUUUUACCGAUCGCGCCUUGAUUCCCUUGGCGCCGCGCCUGGGACUGUCGGUAAACCAAGACGCCCUCAAUAGUGUCACCCGUGGGCUCGUUGGUGAUACCUCCUUCGCGGUCCUCCCAGAGGUCAGCAGCCAGCAAACCUUUUUGCUCACAUUUAUCUUCCAACUUAUUCCUCUUGUGAAGCUUUGGUUCCAUUCAGGGCCCAAAUGGGAGACAUUUGUAGGAGCAUUGACACUCUGUGGAUACGCAUCCUUCCUCUUCGGCUGGCACGUCCAUGAGAAGGCGAUUCUUUUGAUCAUCAUCCCCUUCAGCCUCAUCGCUCUCAAGGACCGUCGCUAUUUCAGCGCUUUCCGGCCAUUGGCAGUUGCCGGUCAUGUCUCCCUUUUCCCGCUGCUAUUUACCGCCGCAGAAUUUCCGCUCAAGACUGUCUACACGGUCUUCUGGUUGAUCCUCUUCCUCUUCGUCUUUGACCGGGUCGCGCCCGUCCCAGAGCGACCGCGAAUUUUCGUCUUCGACCGACUUGCUUUGCUAUACCUCACAUUCGCCAUUCCGUUGAUAGUGUACUGCUCGCUGGUUCACCAACUGAUCUUCGGAUUCGAACGACUACAGUUCUUGCCCCUGAUGUUCAUGAGCAGUUAUUCCGCACUUGGUGUUGUCGGGAGCUGGGUUGGAUUUAUGGUAGUUUAUUUCACCGAAUAG